GGCGUGCUGGGCCCCGGCUGCAGCAGCGGCAGUGUCUGCCGCUGGCGGUGGGGGGAGCCGUGCGGGUUCCGGCUGCCCUGGCUAGGCGACCUCUGGGCCCGCGCCGCGGGCGUGGAGGACAGGUAGGCGAGCGGGCAGCCGCGGCUCCGGGAGAAACUCGGGCCUCGGAGUCCCCUACGGCGCCCGGUGCGCCCCUCGGCCUCCAGCGUUGAGGCGGGGGAGGAAGGAGAUGCCGACCCAGAGAGACAGCAGUACCAUGUCUCACCCGAUCGCAGGCGGCGGCGGCAGCGGGGACCAUUCUCACCAGGUCCGGGUGAAAGCCUACUACCGCGGGGAUAUCAUGAUAACACAUUUUGAACCUUCAAUCUCCUUUGAGGGCCUUUGUAAUGAGGUUCGAGACAUGUGUUCUUUUGACACCGAACAGCUUUUCACCAUGAAAUGGAUAGAUGAAGAAGGAGACCCAUGUACAGUAUCGUCUCAGUUGGAGUUAGAAGAAGCCUUUAGGCUUUAUGAGCUAAACAAGGAUUCUGAACUCUUGAUUCAUGUAUUCCCUUGUGUACCAGAACGUCCUGGAAUGCCUUGUCCAGGAGAAGAUAAAUCCAUCUACCGCCGAGGUGCACGCCGCUGGAGAAAGCUUUAUUGUGCAAAUGGCCACACUUUUCAAGCCAAGCGUUUCAACAGGCGUGCUCAUUGUGCCAUCUGCACUGACCGAAUAUGGGGGCUUGGACGUCAGGGAUAUAAGUGCAUCAACUGCAAACUCCUGGUUCAUAAGAAGUGCCACAAACUUGUAACAAUUGAAUGUGGGCGGCAUUCUUUGCCACCGGAACCAAUGAUGCCCAUGGACCAGUCAUCCAUGCACUCAGACCAUGUACAGACAGUAAUUCCAUAUAAUCCUUCAAGUCAUGAGAGUUUGGACCAAGUUGGUGAAGAAAAGGAGGCAAUGAACACCAGGGAAAGUGGCAAAGCUUCAUCCAGUUUAGGUCUUCAGGAUUUUGAUUUGCUCCGGGUAAUAGGAAGAGGGAGUUAUGCCAAAGUACUAUUGGUGCGAUUAAAAAAAACAGAUCGUAUUUAUGCAAUGAAAGUUGUCAAAAAAGAGCUUGUCAAUGAUGAUGAGGAUAUUGACUGGGUACAGACAGAGAAGCAUGUUUUUGAGCAGGCAUCUAAUCACCCUUUUCUUGUUGGGCUGCAUUCUUGCUUCCAGACAGAAAGCAGAUUGUUCUUUGUCAUAGAGUAUGUUAAUGGAGGCGAUCUAAUGUUUCAUAUGCAGCGACAAAGAAAACUUCCUGAAGAACAUGCCAGAUUUUACUCCGCAGAAAUCAGUCUAGCGUUAAAUUAUCUUCAUGAACGGGGGAUAAUUUAUAGAGAUUUGAAAUUGGACAACGUGUUGCUGGACUCUGAAGGACACAUUAAACUCACUGACUAUGGCAUGUGUAAGGAAGGAUUACGGCCGGGAGAUACAACCAGCACUUUCUGUGGUACUCCUAAUUACAUUGCUCCUGAAAUUUUACGAGGAGAAGAUUAUGGUUUCAGCGUCGACUGGUGGGCUCUUGGAGUACUAAUGUUUGAGAUGAUGGCAGGAAGGUCUCCAUUUGAUAUUGUUGGGAGCUCCGAUAACCCUGAUCAAAACACAGAGGAUUAUCUUUUUCAAGUUAUUUUGGAAAAACAAAUUCGCAUACCACGUUCUUUGUCUGUAAAAGCUGCAAGUGUCCUGAAGAGCUUCCUCAACAAGGACCCAAAGGAACGAUUGGGUUGUCAUCCUCAAACAGGAUUUGCUGAUAUUCAGGGACACCCAUUCUUCCGAAAUGUUGAUUGGGAUAUGAUGGAGCAAAAGCAGGUGGUACCUCCCUUUAAACCAAAUAUUUCUGGGGAAUUUGGUUUGGACAACUUUGAUUCUCAGUUUACUAAUGAACCUGUCCAGCUCACUCCAGAUGAUGAUGACAUUGUGAGGAAGAUCGAUCAGUCUGAAUUUGAAGGUUUUGAGUACAUUAAUCCUCUUUUGAUGUCUGCAGAAGAAUGUGUCUGAUCCUCCUUUCUCAACUAUGCAUUUUGCUUGUGUUGCCAUUUAGUGCAUGGAUAAACUUGUUACCAGCCUGGAUACAAAGAACCAUUUUAUAUUUUUCACCUGCAAAAAAAGCACUCAGUAUAUUCUGUUGUUGACUGUAAGAGUCAAUUAUUACAUCUAAGUUUAACUAUGGAAAAAAAAUGAAACUACUUUGCAGACAAUCAUGUCAAAAUUUCGUUACACUGGUAAUCCAGCAACCUACUGAUGAAUAACAAAGUUGUCUUUUUUGUUUAAAGGAAGUACUGACUAAAAAGAUUAUCUGUUGCAUUAAGGCACACGGUGGAAUUACAUCAUAAGCCUCGCCAGAUUUUUGUCAUACUCAUGAAGUCAUUUAAGUGUUUCAUUUUGGAAUAAAAGAGUAAUGCAAAAUACAACUUGUUAUAUUACCUAUUACUUUCUGAGUUCUGUGUGUUUAAAAAUUCAGCUGUAAAUUUUAUCAUUGCUUUAGCAAAUUAAAUUAUUGAUUUUUAAGGCAACAAUUAUAAAUUGGUAAUAAAAGAUGUUGCUUGCUUAGAAUGAGGGAAUACAGAUUCUCCUUGAGGAGGAAAAUAGGCACAUUUUAUUAAGAAUCAGAUUCCAAAUCAUUAGCUGUUUUUGAAAAACUGAUUCAAGUGAUUUCUUUAGUAUGUUACGGGGUUAGUGUCUGAGCUUGUCCCUGUAGUGGGAACUUUAACUGGAGUGUUAAUAAAUGUAGUUCAAAGAACCCAGGGUGCAGUUAAAUGGAACACUUCUCAGUAUAU